AUGAACGAAUUACCGUUAUUGCCUGGUAAUCGUUUUUCUGAUGUAACGCGUACUAAUUUUAUAGUGCCACGAACAUUAUCUUUUAAAAAUGGUCAUAGAAUUGUUCGAUUACCUCGAUUGGGCAUUGGUCAAACCCAUAAACCAAAUGUUGAAUUAACUGAAGAUGAACGUGAAAUUUUAAAUAAUUUUCAACCGGAACUUAUCUAUGGGAAAGUAAAAGUACAAGGAUAUCGAAAAUUUGUGCCAGCUAGUGUUCAUUACGAUAAAAAAGUACUUAGAUUUUAUGGUUAUUUCAAACAAACAAUUUACGGCAGUCCACUUGAAUCCCAUCGUAUACGACGCGUGACUGUCUAUUAUUAUCUCGAAGAUGAUACUAUAGCUAUUUAUGAAAUUCCCUAUAAGAAUAGUGCACUUGUUCAAGGUAUGCGUAUUCGUCGCCAUCGAAUAUCUAAAAAUGAUCAAAAUGAACCCUACAAUUGGCGCGAUUUAAAUCUUGGACAAAAUUUAGCUAUUUACGGGACUGUCUAUCGACUAUGUGCUUGUGAUCAAUUUACUAGAGAAUGGCUUGAAAGCGAAGGCAUUGAAUUACAAUGUCCCGAAUUGAUUCCAUCGGAUCCGUAUACAUUAAAAUUAAUGGAGAAAAAUGAAUCUGAAAAACAGCGCACGCAUCAUAGUGAUUUAAAAGAGAUUUUACCAGACCGAUUAGCAAAACAACCGAUAAUUAGCAAUAGAAAAAUCCUUAGUAUGGAUGGAAAAGUUCUCCGAUUCUAUGCUAUAAUUGAUGAUCACGACCAAAAACGUGAUAUUUUGAGAAAAUUUGUUAUUCAUCUUUAUUUAGUUGAUAAUACUAUUGAAAUACGAGAAGUUCAUCGGGAUAAUGAUGGUUAUGAUCCAAUAGGAGUCUAUCUUCAUCGACAAAUAGUACCGAAAGAUUCAACCUAUAAUAUCAUAGAAUCCUUCGUAAAUCUAUUUGUCAAUAAACAUGAGCAAGAAAAAAUAUGUUAUUUUACACUCGAAGAUUUCGCUAUUGGUCGUCAUGUGACAAUAUUUAACCGGAUUUUUUUUCUUUAUGAUUGUGAUAUAUUUACAAAAAGUUUCUAUCAUCAACAUUUUGGUCAAAUUGAUUUUACUCCAAUUGAUAUUGACACUCAAAAAAAAAAGAAACCACCCGUUCAAUUACCUCCUGUACCACCACAUAUUAUGUUCGGUAAACCAGAAGAUACUAUACAAAAUGUAAAAAGUCUUCUACCGAAACCAGCGAAAAAAGAUCGUAUUAAAUUACUGGAAAAUGAAAAUCGAGUUUUACGUUAUGAAGCUGUGAUGGAUGGAGAUUGCCAAAGAAAAUUUCUUAUUGUUUAUCGACUUGCCGACGAUCUUAUUUCUGUUUAUGAAAAACCAUUGGAUGGAUACGGUUGUUUAACGAGGAAAUUUCUUGAACGUAUCCGAAUACCGAAACCAGAUAGUCAUCCCGAUGCACCAAUGUAUUAUGGACCCAAUGAUUUUUAUAUUGGUGCUCACGUAGAACUAUUCAAACAUCCAUUCAUAAUUACUGAUGCUGAUCGUUGUGUAUUGAAAUUCAUUGAAGAAAAUCGGCUACAAUUUUCACAACAUGUCAUUGAUUCACUUCGACAAAAACUUUGUCCUGAUAACGAGAAUCAUAAUCAAAUGGAAGCACCUCAGCUAUGA